GCGUGGUACAGCCGUAGCCAUCCAAUCAGAGCUCAGAAAAAAAAUUCGACCAAUCGCGUUAGCGGAUGCUGCUCCGUGGUUUCUUCACGUCGAUGCCGGGUGCACGUGUCUGCUAUAGAGGUGUAGCUAAGCUGGAAAUGUCAGCAUUAGGACGUCUCAGUAAUAGCAUGGCUGAUCAGACUGUGUGUGGCCUCAACACACAGCCCUCUACUCUCUGCUCUGUGUUAACAAAAACCUCCAGACGACGAAAAGCCAAGAAGAAAAACAAGAACAGUUUCAUGGGAUGCCAAAAAAUCUGCCAGGCACUCAAACGAAAGCACAGUGAGGUGCUGGAAGAGCUUGGGUCCUCAGACCCUCCACUGGAAAGCACACAGCCUUGGAGGGACAAAAGGCCCAAAAAACUUGGUAAUACAAGUGAGUCAGAAUGUACAGGUUCACUGAGUGACACCUGGGAAGUGGACAGUGGUUUCUCAUCAGAGAUCAGUCCUCCCACCAGCGGCCGGAGUUCUCCCUGCGAAAGGGUUCAGCCCUCCAUGCUGGUGGCCAUAGACUGUGAGAUGGUGGGGACAGGCCCGAAUGGACAGAUUAGUGAACUGGCCCGCUGUAGUCUAUUAAAUUACUCUGGAACUGUGAUCUAUGAUAAGUAUGUCCUCCCUCGUCGGCCUGUCACGGACUACCGGACGCAAUGGAGCGGUAUUAAAAAGGAGCACUUGAUAAAGGCUUUGCCCUACGAAGAAGCGAGAAACGAGAUUUUGCAGAUCAUUAGAGGGAAGGUAAUAAUCGGUCAUGCCCUGUGGCACGACUUUGCGGUCCUGGGAAUUAGCAUACCACAUCACAUGGUUAGGGAUACUUCCUGUUCGCAUCUGCUGCGACAGCUGUAUGGUGCUUCUACAGGAUGCAUAUCUCUAAAGAAACUGACCAGGAGUCUUCUCAACAGGAGCAUACAGGGUCUCUCACACUGUAACCAAUCAACAACAGUCAUGUUAUGCUCAGUUGACAGCUCUGGUCAUUGCUCUGUGGAAGAUUCUCUUGCUGCUCUGGACCUCUACAAGCUGGUGGAAGAGGAGUGGGAAAAAUCUCGACAGCUUCAUGUCCCAAAUUCAGAUCCAGCCACUGACUCGACAUCCUCUCUGGAGCACUACAUGCAGGAUGAAUACUGGCCUGAUAGUUUAACUGACUGUAAUGAGUGAGAGACCUGUACGGCAUAGAAGCAUGGACUGAAACCUCUCUGAACUUGCGUCAGUCCACUAUGUGGGCUGGUGGAAGAAUUUUUGUUGUCAUGAAUCUAUAGGAGACCUUGGGUAUGUUUGAGUGAUAGCACUAUGGCCACCUUUACUACAGAUGUAAACACAGACAUGGAGAUAUUAUAUACAUUAAACACUUUAAUGACAGGUUGAGGCAUUUAACCAUUUUAAAUGUCCAAAACAAACAAUUUGCUGAAAUUCUUUGUUCAUCUUCACAGUUACCAGAGUUCUUGGCUGGAGUCAAACUGUUUGGUUAAUAAUAACAGUAAUAUUUUAUAUUAUAUUUAUAUAAUAUUUGCUGUUUACUGUGACCUUUUUUUGCACAACUGUUUUGCAUAACCACCAUACACACCCUCAUGCUCAAGAAUCUUUAGGUUGGUUUAACGCACUUAAUAUUACUGCGACCCCUGUGGGUAAAGCAAGGAAUAGCUACAUUUGCUUUAGUAAUGACAAAUAUAUUACCUCCAAACUACAUUACACAGACUGGGUAUACUUGUUCUCAUAUGAAAUAACAGGUUACUGUGAUUCUUAUCUUAUGACAUGAUGUAUCUCACAAGCUUGGUAAAGAUUCCUGUGAGUAACUGCAAUGUAGCUCAGAGUAUGUAUAUUUAUAUAAUAUAUAAUAUAUAUACAUGUAUGUCUAGGUAAUUGUGCAAAAACAUUGUAACUAUGGUUUAUUAAAGAUUAAAUUACAUCCUA